AAGUCCGCAACAAAUAUGUUCUGCAGUUAGUUUUGAAGUGUCAUUCAUAGGACAGACUCGUCAGUUUUAUUACAGUUAAUGUUUUUGCAUUUUAAAGAUGGAACGAACGAUAUUCUUAUUAAUUUUCAUGUUUGUGUCAUGUUAUGGGAGAGAGAGCUUGUCUUACAGAAGUAGAAAUUUUACAUACACGAUAUUUUCAAAGCAUUUGAACUGGAAUGUUGCCACGGAUUCAUGCAGUUUAAAAGGAUUACAAUUGUUUUACCCGUCAAAUCUAACUCAACUCAGAAUAGCGCAAAAACUUAUGAAGGAGAUGGAAUUAGAAUUCAUCUUUGUUGGUAUCACUUCUAAAGACAAUCAUGGUGAAUUCAAGACCAUUGACGGAAAAAGCAUGAGCGAUGUGUACGGUAAGUGGGGUGUAGGUGAGCCGAACAACGUGGGAGGAAAGGAACAGUGCGUUGUACUCAGAGACGAUGGCACAUACAACGACGAUAAUUGUGCACACCUAUUCCCGUACAUUUGCACAGAACCUCGACCACAAAUAAAUGCCGUUCCCAGUAUACACGUCUACAGUAAUGUUUCAGCGGAAAAUUCGAAUGAAACAUUUUUCAGAAGUGAUUACAAAUAUUUGAGACACAAGAACAGUUUUUACAAAGCACAUCCAGUACCAAGGCAAUGGGAAAGUGCGAGGCGGAAAUGUAUUAUGGAAGGUGCAACGCUGUUCUAUCCUGAAGACGAGGUUGAAGUAAACGAGGUGAUCCGAUAUCUGAACCAGACCCAGCCGUGGUUUCAAUACAUGUUCAUUGGUAUCUCUACGCGGUUAGCGAACGGAGUGUACAUGACGGUCGAUGGGAAACCUAUUCGUGAAGUGUACAAUGACUGGUACAGGAAGACACCAAGUGGAGCUAAUGGCAGAAACAGUUGCGUCACUUUGUCCCGGGAAGGUUUCUUGAAUGAUAUCAAAUGUACCGAAGAGCGGCCUUUCGUAUGCAAGAAGACAGCGGCCUCAAUUGAGUGGAGCCCAGGCUGCAACAUACCUUACAAAGAUUACAAGUACAGCGUUGAUACAGACAGCUGUUACAAAUUUCAUUUGCAACGAUUGAACUGGAGAGAGGCGGUUGAAGCGUGCGAUGACGAGCAAGCACAAUUAGCUAUUAUCAAUACUGUGGAGGAAGCUUAUUAUCUUGUGAACAUGACAAACAAUGCUCCUAAGGAAAUGGUACGAGGGUGGUAUUUAUGCCCGUAUGUACAUUUAGGAUACAAUUAUGAUACUACUGAAAAUAACUGGAGAACGAUUAAAGGAGAGUCUUUGGAGAAAGCGGGAUAUGCGGUGUGGGACAACUACUAUGAAGACGAUAAAGGGGAGAGGUGUGGCGCGAUGCUCUACAACGGUCGUCUCAACGACGUCAGCUGUGAAGACCUUAAAUGUUUCUUCGUUUGCGAAACAAACAGAUAUCAACGUGUUAACGUUACCGCUGGUCACAGACAAUAAGCGAAUUUGUGUUACAUAAAACACUAUUUAUAUCUUGGUUGUAAAGUCAAUAGAUUCUGUAUUUUGUAAUUUUUGCAUGCAUUUAAUAAAAAAAAUAGACAUA